CGCAUUUACUACCUGUCCCUGGAGUUCUACAUGGGCCGCACUCUGCAGAACACCAUGGUGAACCUGGGCCUGCAGAACGCUUGUGACGAAGCCAUUUACCAGUUGGGUUUGGACUUGGAGGAGCUGGAGGAAAUCGAAGAAGAUGCUGGGCUGGGAAAUGGAGGCCUGGGCCGCCUGGCAGCUUGCUUCCUGGACUCCAUGGCCACGUUGGGGCUGGCAGCAUACGGCUACGGCAUCCGCUACGAGUUUGGUAUCUUCAAUCAGAAGAUUGUUGAUGGCUGGCAGGUGGAGGAGGCCGACGACUGGCUGCGCUACGGCAAUCCCUGGGAGAAGGCUCGCCCGGAGUACAUGCUCCCCGUGCACUUCUACGGCCGCGUGGAUCACACCCCUGAGGGUGUCAAGUGGGUUGACACCCAGGUUGUCCUUGCUAUGCCUUACGACACACCAGUGCCAGGAUACAAGAACAACACUGUUAACACCAUGAGGCUGUGGUCUGCAAAAGCGCCCAAUGACUUCAACCUCCAAGAGUUCAACGUGGGUGACUACAUCGAAGCGGUGUUGGACAGAAACCUGGCAGAAAACAUAUCCAGAGUCCUGUACCCAAAUGACAAUUUCUUUGAAGGCAAGGAGCUGCGGCUGAAACAGGAGUACUUUGUGGUGGCUGCCACCCUCCAAGACAUCAUCCGCCGCUUUAAGUCCUCCAAAUUUGGCUGUCGAGACCCUGUGAGAACAUGCUUUGAAACCUUCCCAGACAAGGUGGCUAUUCAGCUAAAUGACACCCACCCUGCCCUGUCCAUCCCAGAGCUCAUGCGGAUCCUGGUGGAUGUGGAGAAAGUGGAAUGGGACAAGGCCUGGGAGAUCACGAAACGGACCUGUGCCUACACCAACCACACUGUGCUGCCUGAAGCCCUGGAGCGCUGGCCGGUCUCCAUGUUUGAAAAGCUGCUGCCACGUCACCUGGAGAUCAUUUAUGCCCUCAACCAAAUGCAUCUGGAUCGGGUGGCAGCUCUCUACCCAGGGGACAUUGACCGUCUCCGGAGGAUGUCAGUGAUCGAAGAAGGAGACUGCAAACGUAUUAACAUGGCUCACCUCUGUGUGAUUGGCUCCCAUGCAGUCAACGGCGUGGCCCGCAUCCACUCAGACAUUGUGAAGAACUCUGUGUUCAAGGAUUUCUAUGAGCUGGAGCCGGAGAAGUUUCAGAACAAGACAAAUGGGAUCACACCGAGGCGCUGGCUCCUGCUGUGCAACCCAGGACUGGCCGAUGUUAUUGCUGAGAAAAUUGGGGAAGGCUUUAUCACAGACCUGAGCCAGCUGAAGAAGUUACUGGAUUUCAUCAAUAAUGAGACUUUUAUCAGGGACGUGGCAAAAGUCAAACAGGAGAACAAGCUGAAGUUUUCAGCCUACUUGGAGGAGAAGUACAAGGUCAAGAUCAACCCUUCGUCCAUAUUCGAUGUUCAGGUCAAGCGAAUCCAUGAGUACAAGCGGCAGCUGCUGAACUGCCUGCAUGCUAUCACCCUCUACAACCGCAUCAGAAGCAAUCCAUCCAAAUCCUUUGUGCCCAGGACGAUUAUGAUCGGAGGAAAGGCGGCCCCUGGCUACCACAUGGCCAAGAUGAUCAUCAAACUCAUCACGUCCAUCGGUGAUGUCAUCAAUAACGAUCCCUACGUGGGGGACAAGCUGAAGGUCAUCUUCCUGGAGAACUACCGGGUAUCCUUGGCCGAGAAGGUGAUCCCGGCAGCGGAUCUCUCCCAGCAGAUCUCCACGGCUGGCACGGAGGCCUCUGGUACUGGCAACAUGAAGUUCAUGGUGAACGGGGCCCUGACCAUUGGCACCAUGGAUGGGGCCAACGUGGAGAUGGCCGAGGAGGCAGGCGAAGAAAACCUCUUCAUCUUUGGCAUGCGAGUGGAGGAUGUGGAGGCCCUGGAUCGCCAAGGGUUGGUGCUGGGGAGAGCCUAAUGCAUGGCAGGGCUGAGCUGCGACAGGCCAUCGACCAGAUCAGCAGCGGCUUCUUCUCUCCUCGGGACCCCGGUUGCUUCAGGGAUGUUGUGAACAUGCUCAUGUACCAUGACAGGUUUAAGGUGUUUGCCGACUACGAGGCCUACAUUAAAUGCCAAGGGCAAGUGGACCAGCUGUUCAUGGACCCCAGGGAGUGGACUAAAAAAGUCAUCAGGAACAUUGCAUGCUCGGGCAAGUUCUCCAGUGACAGAACCAUCAUGGAGUACGCCCGGGAGAUCUGGGGUGUGGAGCCAUCUGCCACAAAAAUCCCCCCACCCAACCUCCCCCGGGAUUGAUGCAAGCACAGAGGGAAGGAAGGAGGGAAGGGUUCCCAGCCCGGGAGGCCUCACCUGCAUUUCACCACCAGUCAGAUGGGCUCAGCUCUGCAGAAAUAAGACCUCUCCCUCGGUGGGAGGGGUAGAAGGAUGCUCUGAGGAGGAGCCCUGACUGAGGAACAGGGGCUGGGGGAGAGGCAAAAGGACCCUGUGUUUGUACCCAUGUACCCAGCCUGCAUGUGCUGCAUAGUGCUUUUUAGUGAGAUGACCACAGAUAAGUCUUCCACAGCUGUGCUCCAUGAUUAACAAGGGCUUUCCAACUAAAUCCUCCCCUCUCCCCCUGCAUGCAGCCUGCCCUGGCCUCCUUG